CGCAUGCGCUGCUCCGGUGACAGCGGCGGCAGAUGCGCGAGACUCUUCACUUUAAAUCAACCUUUUUCCGUCUUAAAUCUUCACGUAAACAACAUUUAAAUGAUUAAAAUGUCUCUUGAGCGCACAGGCACCGCUCACACUCACCACACACUCUUUUUAUCUCACAUUUGUGCUUAAAAUUCCUGAAAAGCGCAAAGACGAACCAGGAAGUGUCCGCGCUUCCGUGUCUCGCUGUGUUGUUUUUUUUGUGUUUGUUUUUAUGGAAUGAGAUUGUUGGAAAACCUCCCUGGCGCGUGGCCCUGGAUCCUCACAGUCCUGGUGCUCCUCACAGCUGCGGGGUUCCUGUUUCUGGACGAUCCGGAGCCGCAGAAACACGUCAGGAUGGCGGCGGAGGCGGAGUUCCGGACUCUGGAGGAGGAGUUUCGUAAACAGAAGCGGAGCUGCUUCGUUCUCGGAGCCUCAGGAGAAACGGGGAAAGUUCUGCUGAAGGAACUUCUUCAGAGGAACAUCUUCAACAAGAUCACUGUGAUCGGACGCAGACGCCUCCCCCUGCAGGACGACGAGGAGAACGCAGGCAGAGUGGUUCAGGAGGUCGUGGACUUUGAGGCGUUGGAUUCUCACUCUUCGGUCUUUCAGGGUCACGACGUCGGUUUCUGUUGUUUGGGGACGACUCGAGCCAAAGCCGGAGCCGAGAUGUUCGUGCGCGUGGAUCACGAUUACGUGCUGAAGUCGGCGGAGUUGGCUCGGGCCGGCGGAUGCUCUCAGUUCCAUUUGGAGUCGUCUCGCGGCGCCAAUAAAAACAGCAGCUUCCUGUAUCUGAAAGUGAAGGGGCAGGUGGAGGCCGACAUCGAAGCUCUGGGCUUUGACAGGUUCAUCAUCUACAGACCCGGCGCUCUGUUGGUCAACCGUCAGGAGAGUCGUCCCAUGGAGUACGUGGCGCGUCAGGUUUUACGGGCGCUUUCUCCGGUGCUUCCGUCCAUGUCCAUCCCCAUCCAGGCCGUCGCCGCGGCGAUGGUCUCCAACGUACUGCUCACGUCCGAACAAAAGACGGAAAUACUGGAAAACAAAGCCAUCGCCGCCUACGGAAAACGGAAGGACAAGUGAACAGCUCCAGAGUCACGACGACAACUGGAGACAAACAACAACAGCUCCAUGAUUGUCUCUCACCAACUUCAUUUAACUUAACGUCUGUACCAGCAGUGCCUCUAGUGGAUCCUGUGUGUUUGUGCGUCUGUGUUUGUGGAUUUCUUAAAAAAAUGUCUCUAAAAAACGUCAUGGAGGAAAUCAGUGAAUUAGUGAAACUGUUAGAGAUGAAACAAUAACUGAAAUAUCAUGAUGUCGUAUUGUGAAAAGUCUAAUAAUAAAAUCAUGAACUGUCACAA